UUGCGCCCCGUGCUAGGCCGUCUGAUGAUUGAUAAAAUAUGACGCAAGACAAGAAUGACCGACUUGGUGACGAUUUUCUAUGUUUGCUAUAGUCCGUUUCCAUGGCAACCAGAAAUAAUGCCAGUCAGUUGUCAUCGUAGAUUAAAAACACGUCACGUUUCUACUUAGAUUAUGAACAAAAUAUUGUGAAUUAAACGUAAUAACGAGAGGAAAUGUAGUUAAUAGACACAAAAAGUGUAGAUAGAAAUGUUAAGGUAAAUUCAGUUGCUUUUAUACGAUGAUUUUUAGUGACCUACAUUGAUGGUUACAACUGAUAUGCCCUGGUUGUGUCUCAGGUUUAUCAAUAAAUUGAUUUAAAAUAAUAAAUAUAUACCUAUCAGUGAUAUUAAAUUAUGCAAGCAUCUAUAAGGAAAACUGGGGUAAAGACGACUAAAGUUAAAGAGAAAUCUAGUAAAGAAGAAACACCUACCUCGUCAAAAAAGGCUGAAGAUGAUAAACUCAAGAAAACGUCUCACAGCAGUCUUACAACGCCAAGAAAUUUCACCCAGAAAUCAUCCGCUUCUGAUAUCUACUCACAGGCUAAGAAGACACCAGCGUCUAUGACUAGAGCUCCAAAAAAGGCGCCAAGUUCCACUAUUAACUCAAAUACAGGAAAAACCCCUCUUAAAUCUUCGACAACCCUGAAAUCGACAUCAUCUACCACUUUAGUAAGUUCGAAAACAAAUGAUAGAAAGCCUAAAGUACCAUCAAGUUCAAAAGCAACAAAAAAUAGAGAAGAAGAAAAGACAUUGCCAGUAUCGUCGUAUCGUAGGAAAAACCCCCCAAAAACGGGUAAAGACUUGCCCUUUCUAAACGUAACUGUCAACUCGCCACCUGUGAAAAAAAAGUUGAUUGACCAUUAUGAAGAAAAAGUUAAUCCAAAGGAGGUUAAAGAAAAAAGUAAAAUCUCUAAACAUGAAAGAGAAAAUUCGAAGGAGGUUAAAGACAAAAGUAAGAUUACCAAAGAGGUUGCUGAUAGACAGCGGAAAAACACAAGGACAUUGCAAGAUGAUGAAGUCAAGGUUCUGACGUCAGAGGCUGUAGAUAACAAUGCUGCCAUGAAGAACUUAAAUCAUAAGUUGACAGCUAAACCGAAAGCUUUUUAUGUCGAUUUGGAUGAUGAUAAGAAGCCACAGCCGAAGUCAUCUGCCAAAUCACCUUCAGGCUCCGAAUUGAGUUACGAAGAUGACUUCGAGAGUUACGAGUCGGAUUUCGAGUCGUAUCAGUCGGGCAGCAGUUCUGCACAUCACGACGCGUCUGAUCCGUCUGACGAUCCAUCCGAGGAUUCGUCUGAUGGAAGCGUGAAGGGAUCCAGCAAAGAGUGCCAAAGAGACGAGAAGGAUGGGAAGGAUGAAGAGAGUAUGCUGGAUUCUGGUAAUUUCGAACUCCGCGAAGCUCAGAAGUCGGCCAAUAAGAGCCGACCUACAGCGGCCAUCUUGGAUUUCAUAGAGGAAGGAUCUGAAGACGUUGACAAGAAAACCUCUUUGACGGAUGAAGGGUUUCAAGAUAUGUCUCAGUCCAGCGCAGUGUCGAGUAUGAAGACUGUUUCGCAUGUUGAUGUGCUUGAUAGGCCUCUUUUUAUAGACUUCAAAAAGUCCAAAGAGAACAAACAAAAACGUCGCAAUAGCGAAAGAUUACAGCAAAGAGCUAAAGACUUGUUAGGAAUGAUCAAACUACACACAAUGUCAUACUCACUGUUCGAGCUAAAACCCAUACCUUACGACCUGUACAUGGCAACAUUUGGAAGAACUAAUCAUACACAGAUUGCAAUACAGACGUUUGAUGAUGGUAUCUCUGAAGAGGUGCAAACUGACGAAAUAUUUCAAAGCAAUAAAUGGACGCAGUUUCCGGUAGAUUUUUCAAAAAAGGAAAUGCAUUUGACAGAUAAUCCUGUCGAGAAAAGACAGAAAACUGACGAGGAUUACUUGAAAAAGUUCACGUUUUUACUAAACAACAAAGAAGUGGAUGUCAAAGAACAGAAAAACGUUGAUAAUCAAUACAAGAACAAUCCGUUGAGAAUAUACUUUGAACAAAAAGAUGGCGCUGGUUCCGAUCAAAUGUUGCCAUUGGAAAAAUAUGAGACCAAAUUAAAAAAUACCGAACACAACGGUGAUAGACUAAGAAAGUUCCUCAAAAGAGUUGAAGGGAGAAUUAGCAAUAUCUUGACUAUAAAUAGCGGGAAAGCUGCACUUUCAGAUUUAACAAAACAAUCUAAACUACCGUUUAGCGAAGGUUAUGUCCAGUUAGACUACAAAAACUUGGAACAAUAUAAGUUUUUGAAGUACCGAAAAGUCUCAGAACUGCUAUUCUCAGACACAAAACCCAACAUACUGUUAACUAUACACAUGAAAAACACAAAGAGUAUUUCAAUGGAGCAGUGUCUAGUUUGUCUAUGGGACAUUAGUGUUGCCAGUAGCACGCCUUUAAAAAUCCUCGUUGCUAUUGAUAAUUUGUCAAUUUCCCGGUUCAGAGGAAGCUCAGACGGUCUUUUUGUUAGUGCUUUAGAUGAUGGGUCAAUACAUCUUUGGGACUUAUCGGAAGAGGCGACGAUAUUGAAAAGCAUUGCCAGUGACAGGAAACCUCCGGCGCUGCAAGAGAUCCGGACCGAAGGACGGACUCAAACGGAGAUCGACAGGGAAUGGAAUCUGAGGAAUAGCACUGUCGAUUAUGAUACUGAGGAAAUACCUCAUUUCUUACAAGCAUGCGCGUACACAUCCAGCGCUUUGAACGUAACCGCCGCUAGUACCAUAGACUCGAUAGUCGGCCUAGAGCUACUGGGCAACGAACACACGUCAUACAGCCAAGAUGGCGGCAGAAAACUUAUUGGACAGGUGUGCUCUCUCCAAAGGAUAGGAAUUUUAACAAUAUGGUUGAUAAUACAAGAGAAGACAAAACACCAAGAGAUUGACAUCGGAAGAGCGUUCUGGUCAAAGAUGAAACUCGAGAAAAAACAAACAAUUAAUCUUUUACAACACAUAGACAUUCAAAUAAGCGAUAAUUCAGAAAAGGAAAUUAACUAUUUUAACUUAACAGCAGCAAAAAGGCGUUUGAGCUUUAGAAAACGCGACAGAAUCGCGCGAAAAGACGUUUCCCGCCAAAACUCAUCUGUCAAUUCUGACAGGCCAGUCAGUGCUGCCAGAUUAAAAAUCAAAAAGGCUGAAUCGAUGUUGCCAGAAAAUUGGGAAUGUGGAAUUUUAUGUACGGAUUUAAAAGUACUGCGUUGUAAUAAGAUAGAUAAUUACUUGGUUGCCAAAAAUUGCGGGGAAGUGUUGUGUUGUACAAGGAUCGCCGGUGCUGUUAAAGUUAAUAAAUUUUGUGUUACACCAGACAAGUCGACAAUAACAAGUCUGCAGUCCUCACCCGAGGGGUUGCCGUAUUUCCUGGCCGGUACCGACUCUGGGACCGUGCAUCUGUGCUGUUUGCGAGAGGCGAGGGUGCUGCUUACACUGGACAGCAGAAACCUGCCCCCGUCAGCUAAUGCAGAGAGGUGUCAGAGUGACUCCAAGGGGCGCUACGUGGGGACUGUGGCGACCAAACCAGGCGCCUUGGACACACAUGGGGAGUUUGAUCAGGUGUCCAUACUCCGCUGCUUCUGGCGUCUUCUCCGCGUAUACGCGCAACGCUCAGACUGCACCCUACGCGCGUGGGACCUCGCUACUAGUGACAUACACUGCGCGGGCGCGGGGGCGGCCGCGGCGGCGGGGGGAGGAGGCGUCAUGGUACACUGUUCCCUACGCGCGUGGGACCUCGCUACUAGUGACAUACACUGCGCGGGCGCGGGGGCGGCCGCGGCGGCCGCGGCGGCCGUGCAAGGGGGCGUCAUGGCAAUACUGACGCCUGAAGGCGAGGUGCAGCUACACCGACUGAAGAACGAUCACAGAACUCACGAUAACAUCAGCCUGUUCAACAAAUAUGUGGCGAGACUGUAAUGACAUAAAAUUAUGUACCUAAACCUGACUAUUCAGGGUGUUAGUAAUGGGUACCGUAAGCCGUAAGGGGGUUGUGGGAGUCUUGUGAACAAUUUCACGUGACUUUUUACUUAAAUUUAAUUGAGUAGAGAACGAUGUCGAUUCUGAAGGCAGAAAUUCUUAUUUUAGAGCUGUCAAUACCUUCAUUUCUUCAAUUAAAAUUCGACUCUGUGCGUGUUCCCGUAAACAAAAAUUUUAGCUAGCAAAAUUUCUACUUUGACAGCGUUAAAACAAGAUUUCCUGCCUUCAGAAUACCUACCAUUAUUUUAUUACAAAACGUCUCGCGGUACAAUAAAAUUAAAGAUAUUUACCUACAAUAACGAGCAGAGUGUAAUACCCUUUAGGCUUACUGUACUUACCACCCCGUAUAUCUUUAUUAUGUACCUAUCGUUAGUUGUAAGUCCCGUGUAGAAACGGAAUUUUGAGCAAUAGUUAAGUGCCUUAAUAAUGAGAAAUA